AUGAAUUUCUUUUUUCAAUUUAACAUUUUCUUUUUUAAAUAUCUCCUUUUCUUUUUAUAUUCUUUCUUCUUAAUCUCUUAUUUUUAUUUUUAUUUUUGUUUCCUCUCUUUUUAUUUCUUUAAAAAGAAAACUUUUAUUUAUUUUUAUUUUUCUCUUUUGUCUCUUUUUGCUGCUGCAGGCAACGGCAUUCUUAGAGUAGCAAAUCCCCUUGACUGCAUGUACUGCAGCCAGUGCACGAAUAAGGCGAAAGAGUUGAAUUUGAAGGGCGUGGUGGAAGUGUCUCCUGACGAAAGGACUUUCCUCUUCACCGUGGAGUCUACUGGGGUAAUGCCAGCUGAAAAGAUUGUUCAAAUGGCUUUCGACAUCUUGAGGAACAAACUGGGGGACUUGGAGACACAUGCUGCUGCUGCUGCAGCAAGGGCCACGGGGCAGCAGCAGCAGCAGCAGCAACACGCACCACACGGUGACUUCCGCUAG